ACUCACAGCUCAAUCAGUCAGCUCAAAUCACUUACACUGAACACUGCAUCUGUUACCGUACUGCAGCAAUAGAAUUAACCAGAAGCCUUGACCUGAGUGCCUUUAGCAAUGUCCAAACAGGGAGACAGACAGUCGGUUUUCCAAACCACUAAAGUUCGCACUGCUCUGAAAGGAGACGGCAGCUGGAUACAGAGACAAGAGCCAGAAAAUACUGAUGUGGAGAAACCAUGGCUUGCUGAGGUGCGAGCAAACCGCUCAAGUGGUGUUUUCGAAGAAACAAGUCCUGUUUCAUCUCCCACGACCAAAGCGCCUCUGCCCAAAACUGACACAGAGAAACCAAAAACAAACACAGCUGGAUACAUAAUUAGAGGGGUGUACACAAAACCUGAUCCCAAGCCACCAUCGACAUCGUUUAGCAAUGGAUUUGUUGGAGUAAAUAACUUGACAAAAAAGCCAUCUGAAAGUUACAAGAAAAUAGCACCUCACACAAUUCGAUCCAGUAAUGGAAAAACAGCGCAGUCUGAACCAACUUUGAGUACAGAGGAAAUGGAUAAAAGGAUGGAGGCAGCCUCCAGUGUGCUCAGAGGUUCGUCAGCAAAUCGACGUUCAUACGUAAUGUCUGCUACGAAGAAAUACGAAUCUACAGACAAAUCCGACAACUCUGAUGAGAUUAACGCUUCCUUUGUUGCCAAAAGGGUAAUUAUCAGUGAUGAUGAUGACACUACAGCACCUGUUAAGUCUGUGCCACAGCAAAGUGUUAAAUCAAGCAAUGAAGAAUCCCCUGUGAAGAAACCAGUGGUGAAGGAGGUCAACCCAGCAGCACCUGAAACAAAGCCUGCAAUUAGCAUAGAACCUAAGACAAUGGAAACUAAAGCCACAUCAGAUUCUAAACCAGCACUAGAAAACUCAACACAGCCUAAAACAGCAUCUGAACCCAAAUCUGCUUCACAACCUAAAGCAACAUCUGGAACUAUAAAAGCACCUGAUUCUAAACCAGCACCAACAGUAGCUGAACCUAAACCACUGGCUGAAUCUAAACCUACCACACAGGUUACAGCAGCAUCUGAUUCUAAACUAGCACCUGAAAACAAGCCUACUACACAAACCACAACAGUAACUGAACCUAAACCACUGGCUGAAACUAAACCUACCACACAGCUUGCAGCAGCAUCUGAUUCUAAACUAGCACCUGAAACUAAACCUACAACACAAACUGCUAUAGUAACUGAACCUAAAUCCUCAUCUCAGCCUAAACCACUGGCUGAAACUAAACCUACCACACAGCUUGCAGCAGCAUCUGAUCCUAAGCUAGCACCUGAAACCAAACCUACAACACAAACUGCUACAGUAACUGAACCUAAAUCCUCAUCUCAGCCUAAACCACCGGCUGAAACUAAACCUACCAUACCGCUUACAGCAGCAUCUGAUCCUAAACUAGCACCUGAAACCAAACUUACUACACAAACUACAACGGUAACCGCAACUAAAUCCUCAUCUCAGCCUAAACCACUUGCUGAAACUAAACCUACUAUACAGAUUACAGCAAUAUCAGAAUCUAAACCAGCAACUGAAACCAAACCUACUACACAAACUACAACAGCAACUGAACCUAAACUCACAUCAGAAACCAAGACAGUUGUUGAAACUAAACCUACCACGCAAGUGACAACAACAACUGAAACUAAACCUAUAACGAAAACUCCAGAAGCAAGUGAUUCCAAACCCACAUUGAUACCUACAGUGGUUAUAACAAAGCCUACAGUAACAACUGAACUUAAACCUACAACACAAACUAAAACAGCAACUGAGUCCAAACUGGUUGAUGAAACUAAAACUACAAUAGUUACAGCAAAUGAUCCUAAACCAACAUCAGAACCUAAAGCAGUUGAAACCAAUCCUGCAGUAACAGCUGACCCUAAAUCCUCCACUGAAACUAAACCUACGACACAAACUAAAACAGCAACUGAGUCUAAACUGCUUGAAGAAAUUAAAACUACAAUAAAAAUGAGCACAGAAAGUGAUUCGAAACCCACAUCAGAACCUAAGCCAGUUGAAACCAAACCUGCAACAACAGCUGAACCUAAACCUACAGCACAAGCUAAAACAGCAACUGAGUCUAAACUAAUUGAAGAAACUAAGAGUUCAAUAAAAACGACAACAUCAAGUGAUCCUAAACCCACAUCAGAGCCUAAAACAGUUGAAACUAAACCUACAACAACAGCUGAACCUAAAUCUGCAACUGAAACUAAACCUACGACACAAACUAAAACAGCAACUGAGUCUAAAUUAGUGGAAGAAAUUAAAACUACAAUAAAAAUUCCAAGUGAUCCUAAACCCACAUCAGAAUCCAAACCAGUUGAAACCAAACCUACAACAACAGCUGAACCUAAACCUACGCCACAAGCUAAAACAGCAACUGAGUCUAAACUAGUGGAAGAAAUCAAAUCUACAGUAAAAAUGACAACAGAUCCUAAGCCAGUGGAAACUAAACCUACAGCAACUGAACCCAAACCCAAAACAGAAACUAAAACAGCACCUCAGCCAGCGGUAGCUAAGCCUGCAGUUGAAAUUAAAACAUCAACCAAUCCUAAACCCACAUCAGAAUCCAAACCAGUGACUGAGACGAAAACAACUCCUGAACCUAAAACUGGAACUCAACUGAAGCCAGAGCCCAAGCCUGAACCAGUUCCAGACAAAAGUGCCGAAAGCCUGAUUGCCCUGUCUGACACCCUGAUAUCCUUCAACACUGAGCCUGCCAGGAGUCCUAGGAAAGCUGAUCCAGGAAAAGAUCUGCUCAGUCAGGAUUUGCUUACAGGCAACGGUUUUCUGCCUGAGAUAAAGACGACUGAAAAAAGUCUGGACUUUCUUUCAGAUGAUCUGAUUCCAUUCAAUACCAGUAAAACCAGCUCAGUUGAUGCAUUCGAUCCGAUCCUGACAAUGGGUGAGCCAACAAAGAGGAGUACCUGGAGGACAGAAAUGGAUAGCACUAAAUCCAGCACCAGCACAGAGGAGAGGGACCGGAAGUUACCAGAAUCUGAAUCCAAGAAGAACUUUGUCUACGUUAAGGAAUAUGUGGAUAAUUCUGCUGUAGAUGGCAGCAGCUCUGAUUAUGUGUCGUCAACAACUUCCAGCUACAACUACAGCAGCCCCAGCUACUACUCCAGAAGUGAAAUGACCGCUUGUACAUACUGUGGAGAAAUGGUGGGAAGUGAUGCCAAAAUCACAAUUGAGCACCUGAACAUAUCCUGUCACCCAUCCUGCUUUAAGUGUGCUAUUUGCAGUAAACCAAUGGGAGACUUGCUCUACAAUAUGUUUCUCCAUCGUGGGACAGUUCAUUGUGAGAGCUGCUAUUCCAACCUGCUAUAAUGAGAUCUCAUUUUACCUGAAACAAA